AUGGCGCCGAAAGAGCGGAGGGCUCUUCAUUCAAAUUCGUUAGCGCCAGCCCCGCCGCCCCGGGGCAUGCCGGGAACGGGGGGGGGCGCGCGGGGGCUGAGGCGGCAGCGCCGCACGGACACGGCGCUCGCUGUCAAUGCCGCCCCUCCCCCCCCGGCUCCCGCCGCCCGCGCGCGCGCUCCACGCCCUCCCCGCUCACCGCGCGCUCCCGACCCAACCGCCGCUAAUGGGGAAAGGGGGGGCGGGGGGGGAAGAGAGGGAAGGAGGGAGAGAGAGAGAGGGAAAUGUCACCCGGAGCCCGGGCCCGCGGGGGAGAGGUGGCGCGUUAGAGAUGUGUGUGGGAGAGAGGGAGCGAGAGAGAGGGAGAGAGAGGGGGAGCGAGACCUCCGCUGGCCCCGCGAACUUGUCAAGCAGAAGAGUGACCAAGUGGUCUUCUCCACAGCAGCCAUGAACUUCAACCUUGAACUGAAGAAGACUCAUCAAAUGGAAAGACAGUAUGGAGCUGGAAGAGAAGCAGAGAUCUUCAUGAUGGGCAGUCAUGAUUUUGUUUGCCCAGUUGAAAACCAUCAACCUGGCAGCAAGGAACAAAAGCUUGUGAUACUCUUUUCAAUUUUCUGGUAAUUUUCUUUUUUUUUUUUUUUUUAA